GCUUAGUCCUGCAAUGCAUCCGGACGGUCGUCAUAGGUAUUAGGUUGCGGACAUCAAACUUGACCGUCAAAUAUAAUGCCUGAACUUUCCUUUUCGUCGCCCAGUACCUGGCCCUGGUGGCUUUGGGCUGAACAUGGCAUUCUUCUUGGUGCUCUAGGAUGGAAAGCAGCUAGCAUUUGGCGCGCGCACUGCCGGCGAAACAUUGUUUGCACAGGAUGCCCGCCCCCGAAGGCCCCUGAUGUAAUGUCGAAUAACCUUGAGUCUCUUGAUGCAACGAUAUCCACCAGUUCUUCUCCAAUUGCACCAAUUAACCUAGCUCCGGCUCCGACUCCCAAGCCUCAUGCACUGGAAAAGCUUUCCGAGGCUGUGCUUUCAAACUUGGAGGCGAUUAAACAACUGUCGGGACCGCGUGAAGUGCUUACCUGGCCGGAUGUCGUCGAGGCACCAGCUGCAAGCAUGGACACAGAUGGUCUGAGCGAAGGACAGGCAGCCACCUACCGAGACGGGAGGGGUGCCAUCUACAAGUUCAAGCUGCGAGAUGACGUGUUCGUCAACAUGUACUUCACACGAGCGGGCUACCGCCGCAGUGGCGACCUGCACGACUGCAACCAGUACGAUGUCGUACUGGCGGGCCGUACACGGUUGAGGAUGAUUGACCCCCACAGCGGGCGGGAGGUGGUGCAAGAGUACGGACCCAACGACUUCAUCGUCAUACCCGCACGCACUCCCCACAUGUUCGAGUUCCUGGAGGACAACUGCCUGCUGGAGUGGUGGGACGCGCCGUUCAGGGCUUGGUACUACCGGCCCUACCGCGCUGUCAUCGAGCAGGGUGCCCCCCUGGAGGCCACACAGGGCCGCGACUUCUCCGUCAACCCCCCGCAGCUGCCGCAGCAGUAGCAGCAGUAGCAGCAGCUCUGACGCUAGCAGCAGCGAUCCCAGUAGCAUCAGCAGUGACACCAGAGCAGCUACAUACGCAACUGACACAGCAACAGCAUUAGUCCAGCCGCUGUAGCUGCAGCAGUAGCUCAGCUGUGUCGGCGCCGUUUCACCACUCGCACACCACUGCUGACCAGUAGCAACAGAAGCAGAAGCACUGCUAGCAGUACAGCUGAGAUGACACGGAGGUCUUAGCAGCGGCAUGAUGGGGAUUGCAUCAGCACAACCAUGCAUGGGAGGGUGGUGGGGGUUGGGCAUGUGCAUCAUCAUCAUCAGCAGCGGCGGUGGCGGCUGUGGUGCAAACCAGUGGUGCACAGCUUGCGCGGUUCGUGGCUCAUCCUGUUACCUAGCGGUGCAGUGGACUCCCAGCUGCUGGCGGGGCUGUUGUUGCACCCGCAUGUGGGCAGCGAUCUGCUGUUGCUGUUGUGGCCACCAGGAGGGUGCAACGCAGCGAAACCCGGGUUGAGCCCGGGGGCCCGGGGGGCCACGAUACCGAGAGGGGUCACAUGGAGGGAGGGAGAUUGCGUUGGGGUGCGCCUUGGAAAGGGAGGGGAUGGGGACUGAGUGAUAAGGCGUCAACAUGGUUUGCAACAUGUGGGCCAGCCCGACCCGCCCAGCCCGAAUUAGCCAAGCCAGUACGUGAUGAAUGGGGAUAGCCGGGGAUGGCAGGGGAGGAGAUGUGCGCUUGUGAUCUGGGGUGCAGCAGCAAUGGGUAUGGAUUUGAAAACGGAGCGGCACAGAGGUGGCGCAGGGGUGGGUGGAUGAGGUAGCCGGCGAUUCGGGAACAUGUUCGUGUGGUUGGGUUUUGUGCGCCGUAAAAAUGGAAGGGGUGUUUGUGGUAAACCGCGUGCCGUACAUGCUGAACCAACCGCUGGCCGACGUCCAUCUGUCAGUACCAAUGCUUUAUCGUUGAUGUACUUCAUGUUGGCCGCUUUUAUCCUCUGGGGCUUGUAAACUUCAUUAGCUGCCAUGUCCACCGGACGCAAGCUGACUUGCCACACAAUUAAGACUUAGCAGGCGCGUUGAAUAGGAUGCAAUCAAUCCGUAGAUGCCAUGUCUCCGAAGCUGUCAACAAUUCGUCCGCCCGGCAAUCGGCGUUUAGGAUUCCAUGUGGCAGAGGUCGUCGCUGGAGUCCACUCCAAGCCAACAGCUCGUUCUUCAGCGGAAUUAAUAGACUACUAGGAAAUAAUCGCGACCAAACAAAGGAAGGAAAUAAGCCUGACCAGCGUCUUUCGGGCAACACGACUCAGUUGACGGGCGAGAGAAAUGCUGGCCCCGUCUCUCCACCUUUCACCGUAAUUCACAAAGCAAAGGACUACACUCUCAGGCUGUACGACGUGUAUCCAGUGGUAGAGAUGGAGUACGUUCGGCGCGAGGAGGGCUAUGCAGCGCUGGGAGCCUACAUCGAUGGAGCCAACGAGGCCGGUCGGCGCUUCCCGCACACCCAACCCGUCAUCAUGUGCUACCAACCGGACGGCCGCAAGGUGAUGCAAAUGUACCUCGCCACUCCCGCUGCUGCCCCUGAUACCGCCUCUGCUGCUGCUGCAGCUCCGGAGGCGACCCCGCCAUCAGCCUCCUCCUCGCCUUCAGAGGCUGUACCUGUACCGGUAGCGGACCUGCCCCCUGCCGCCGCCUCCGCCUCCGCACGCCAUCAGCCCCAGCAGCAGCAGGGCCAGGCGCCGCAGCUGCAGCUGCCCGCACCCCGGGAGGCGGGUGUACGGCUGGGGGUGGGCGGGGGCGAGGUGGUGGCGGUGGCGGCCUUCGAGGGCUUCAUAACGCCCACAGCCGCGGAGGCGGUGCGGGGCAGGCUGGUAGCGGCGCUGGAGCGAGACGGUAUCCCACUAGCCCCGGCGGACGCGGGCGGGCGCUUCCGCUGCCUGCAGUACGGUGCGGUGUACCAGCUGGGGCCGCGGGUGAAUGAGCUGGUGCUGCAGCUGCGGGCGUGAGGCGUGAGGCGUGAGGGGAGAGGGGGAGAGGGGGAGAGCAGGAAGGAACUGGGACCAAGCUUGUGACAUGUAGGCGCCACCAUGAGGGGGGUGCAGCAUGGGGUGAGGUGGGGUUUCAAGGUUGAGGAAGUGAAGUUGGAGUUCGCUCGCCUCGAGCAGGGUGCCGUCAGCUGUACCGUAUGUGGCAGGAUGAUUGGGGUGAUUGGGGUGAGGAAGGGAACGAGUGGGCUAAGCGUCCCAAGUGGACGGGAAGAGAGUGGAGUGGAGUGGAGCGGAGCGGAGCGGAGUGGAGCGGACGCGCGCUGUUUUCCCUCGCCUGGUACCUCGCUGGCGGCGGCAGCUUCCCCCCUAAGAGGGGGCUGCACCCUGUGUAAUUGAGCGGAAAACAAGAGCACCCUGUGUGUGAGGGUAGAGACCGAAGCGGGAGGGGCGGAUACCGUACCUCACAACCCAC